ACCACAGCAAGCCAGCCAUAAAGCCAGGAGCAAGAUCCCAAGAGUCCUGGCUCCUUCAUCCUGGUUUUAUAACCUGCACUGUGCUACCUCUGAUUUAAGAGAGCCCUGGAAGCCAAUUCUAUGAUAUUCCCAAUAAGAAUCCUCUGGUACUGCUUACAUCAAGAGCGGAGCACCUAGUUUCUUGCUGCUCCUGAAGACAGGCAAGAAUUAGGAGCCCAGCUAUUAAGUACAGCCAUGAUAAAAGCCUUUGUGGACAGGCUCCGGUCAAGCCACAGCUGAGAGCAUGUUUCAAGCACCAGAUCUCUGGAAUUGGGCAUCAGAAGAGAGACUUCAGAGAAAUUAAUGAUUCUAACAUUUAACCUUUCUAUUGUUGCUUCACGACCUCAAUAUGGAAUUGGAAGGAUACUGCUUUGUCAAACGACAUCUCAGCACAAACUGAAAAGCUAUUUGCUCUCUGUUACUUUUGAUGUUGACAGCAUUUUCUCCAGCCUCAUCUUCUCCCCCUCUUCACGUCUGACCAAGGACAGGUGGAUAUAUAGCCGAGUCUUUCCAUUUAACAAGUUGGCAAAAUUUUCUCUACGUCUUCCACAGUAGGAAAAUCACUGCCUUUCAAGUGGGCCUUUUGACUCUAUUGACAGAAAAUACGCCUCUGGAGAGAAGCUGGGGGAACUGGAUGAUGCAUCUUUGAGAAGGUGAACUUGAGAAAAGGCUUUGACCGGGCGACGUGCGGAGCGCUGCAGACGGAGGAGUGGGGACAGUUCAUGCACAUCUGCGACGUGAUCAACGCGACGGAGGAGGGGCCUAAAGAUGCAGUUAAAGCGCUAAAGAAAAAGCUUUCAAAAAACUGUAACCACAAGGAGAUCAGGCUUACCCUGUCCCUGCUUGACAUGUGCAUAGAGAACUGUGGCCCAAGAUUCCAAUCUUUCGUUGUGAAGAAAGAUUUCUGUAAAGACAAGCUGGUGAAACUACUGAAUCCAAGAUACAACCUGCCAAUUGACAUGCAGGAGAAAAUCUUGACCUUUAUCAUGACAUGGGCCCGAGGUUUCCAAGGAAUGGUGGAUGUGAGCGAAGUAAAAGAAGUUUAUCUAGAAUUGCUCAAGAAAGGAGUGGAAUUUCCAUCUUCUGACACCAGCAGAGGGGGACCUAAGACUUCAUCUCAGCCGUCUACCAAGCCAUCACCAUCUUCUGCUACUCCUGCAAAACGUUCUUUACUGCCUCUUCCCACAGGACCAACAUUAUUGUUGACUCCUGAGCAGAUUGGGAAACUGUACAGUGAACUGGAUAUGGCAAAAAUGAACGUGAGAGUCAUGUCAUCAAUAUUAAAAGAAAAUGUUCCUGGAUCUGAAAAUCCAGAUGAUAUGAAUCUUUUACAGAAACUGUAUAAGACCUGUCGGAUGAUGCAGGAGAGGAUCAUGGAGUUGUUGGUGACAGUGGAGAAUGAAGAUGUGAUAGUUGAAUUAAUACAAGUAAAUGAAGAUCUAAAUAAUGUCCUUCUGGGACAUGAAAGGUUUUCUCGAAACAGAGUUCGUUUUUUGGAGAAUCAAAGAAUACAACGUGAACGCACAGAGCUGUACAGGAAACAGCCAUCUGCUCCCUCAAGUGAUCUACUUGACCUCUCCAUAGAUUCUCCAUCUCCUGUGUCAACAGUGGUGCAAACUGACUCUGCAGUGUCUCCUUCAGGCCUUAAUUGCGUAUCUGCAGAUAAAAACAGGCAUCAUCCAUCAAUUUAUCCACAGCUAGAUUUAGCAACUACUACAAACGCUCAGCAGUUCCUAUUUGCAGCUGAAGCACAAAACAAUAGUGUAAGCAACCCAGCUGGACAUUCAUAUUGCAAUUUGGCGACUCUUUUAAGCCCGGUGCCUCUGAAUCCAGUAAAUCCGCAGACUGGACAUACUACAUCAUUAAAUGGACUGUCACCAGCAGCUGCAUCAAAGAACAAGUCACAGUCACCUCAUUACUACGAGAUCAUGGAAUUUGAUCCUUUGGCUCCCACUGAAGCUAUUUAUGAAGAAAUUGAUGUCGUGCUGAAGACAGAAGUUAAAAAGGAUACAGAAUGCUGAAGGUGGAGUCUUUUACUGAACACACGUUAUUCUUUGAUGCUGCUCCCGUGCAGCGCUUCUUGUAACGUACAAGUGAAUAACAGAACAGGUUUUGUAUGUAUUGGAAUACUAAACUGUGUGGAAGUUGAACAGUUACUUGGAUCUACACUUGAUAAUUUGUCCUAAAUGUUCAACUGUGUGUUCUUCAAGGUGACUUGCAUGAUUAUUUUUGAAGUAUUUUUGAGGCCUUUAAAAUAUGAUUUCCAAAUUCACCUGCGUAUGAAAUAACACUUGACACACAACACAUGUAAACAAAAAGGACGCUUGCAAGUAUUGAGGAAAGCUUUUCUUUCAAGUUAACUGUUCCUUUGCAUUGUUUUACCGCUUUAUGCAGCAAACAAAACAAAACGUUAUUGUUUACAGAAACUGCAGAAUCCAGUUUCUAUUUUGGCCUCAUUGCUGUCUGCUGAUCUCCCUAGAAAUUUAUAAAGGGGGUUUGAUAUGUAGGACUUUUCUAAAAUUGGGCCUCUUGAUAGCUGUCUGGGGACAUGCAGUGAUACUUUCCUACAUUCAUAUUCUGAAUACAGAUUUUGUUUUCUUCCUAAAAGCCUACAAUAUAGUUGGAUUUUUGUCUUGCUAAGAAGCUGUGCUGGGACAUGAGGUGCCGUCAUCCAUGAUUAACAGAACAGGAAAAAACCCUGCUUGUUCCUAUGUUGUUGUUGUUGCUGCUUUUAUUUACGCAGUAAAUAUUGGAGGGGGAUCAAUCAUUUCUUUCAAUGUUCCUGCCCUGCAGAGACUGCUGUUCUGGUGAAGGAAAAAAUAAUCAUCUACAAUGCAGAUGAACAAUAGUUACACAUUUAUUUUAGUCAAGUUGUUUAACCCUGUUAAUAACAGUUUUAUCUUUUAAUAAGUGAAGUGCCUUAUCUAUUUUAAUGCUGAAUGUAAAGCGUGCACUUUAACAGAUACAGUUCUCUGAAUUUAUAAUUGAUAUAAAAUUUGAGAACUUAGUUCAUGUUCAUAGCUCAUAAGCUAACUUUGUGAAAUACUGCAUUAUAAAUGUUCGUUAUGUUAACUGUUUAAGGGAUAAGAAGUUCUCAGUCAGUUUUGCAAUUUUUGUAGCAUAAAAUUCCAAAUAAAAGUAAAUGCUUACUGAGACAUUAACAUCAUCGUUUCUGAGUUUUUACCAGAUGACACGCGUAUUCCGUGAAAUACUAAAUGUAGACAGUAUCAGAAGUAUUUUAGUGUGAAUUUGUGGUGUUUCAUUGCAUAGUUAGCAAUUUUGCAGUUUGCUGUAGGACCAUUAGAACCCCUUACUUCCAUCAAAAACAACCUUGAAGAAGUUCGGGGGGGUUUGGAAGCAGAGAUGAAAAGGUAAGCUACUUUAUUAUUCUUUUUCUUGUAUUAUUUGCAAUGGUCUGGCCAGCAGCCUGAGAAAACUGCUGAAAAUAGGAUUUGAGGUGGAUUGAUUUUUCCCUGCAGCUUAGUUGUAUUGGUAAAACCCUUGCACACUGAAGUGUAACAAAUUAAAAUGCGCUAUUUCAGUAUGGUAAUCCAUAAUGGAUGAUUGCUAACUGAACUUUUCCAUAUUAAAGAAGCAAAAUGAUCACAGACAGAUGAAAGGGAACUGGCUAAUUACUGAGGUUAGAGCUUGUUUUAUAUUUGGAACGUGCUCAGUAUCUGUGCAAAUUUAGGCCUUCAAAGUCGGGGGGGGGGAACCGUUUUUAUGAAACUGGUGUUUGCCAAGGGGAUAUUCCUUUUCUUCUGAAGAACGUGGCCGCAAUAAAACAAUGUGUGGACAACUGUCAUAAUCACUUCAACUUUCAAAAAGACAAUGGACUAAAGACAGCCCAGGUAAGAAUUUUUUUUUUCCUAGCCUGGAUUCAAAGAUUUGUCUUGAUAUUUUUAUUAAUUUUUUUUCUGAAGCGUUACUGGAAUUAAAGAUCAUACAUUUGCAUGAAGAUAGCAGCAAGCUUUAUCUCACUUGUGUG